AUGUCAUUCAGCGAAGCGUGUGACGAGCUCCUCAAAACAGGAAUCCUCGACCAUGAGCACGGAAUCCCAAAACUAUGGCACAAACUGGCAGACGAACUCCAGAAACCUCAGGGCCCCCAUGAUCAGUACUAUAAUCUCAACAAGAGACUCUUGGCCAAUCUAGACGAGAUUGUCUACAAAGAUAAGUUCAAACAAUUGAGGGCUUUGUCCGCUGACGAAAUUGAUUCCUUGUACGAGGAAAUGAUACAGCUGGAGCCGUUGAAGCUGUUGCCUCCUGGUACUGAUCUCGACGCCUUCUUGGAGAACCACACGAAAGCAUUCAAAACGGGAGUGCUCAUGGGAGACUACCUUCCGUCUGCUUUGCCUAUAGUUCGUGCAAUCCACCAUGGAAACAACAAUUUGGCUGACCUGGAGAUCUCAAUCUUAAACAACCUCAAGAGGCUCUACUCGCACUAUAACGACCACCCAGCCAAUGUGAAAUAUCUCAUCAAGGCAUACAGAGAGAAGAACAAUGUGACAGCAGAGACAGCUUCAGUGGCCGCUGAAGUGCAAAGCUACAUCCAUUCAGUGUUGCUACCUAAGCUUCAAAGGUUAGAGAAGCUAAACGCAGAAUUACAGGUGCUCCAGAACACAUACAACAACCAGGUGGAGGCGAGAUCUAGUGCUGCGGAGAAGGCGCCUUUGGAAACGAAGAAGCUUCGUGCGGAGGUGCUACUGCUCUCUAAAAGACUUACUUCUCUAGCUGUUCUCUGCGACUUUCUUCCGAACUUGAUCUUGUGCCAGGCUUCUAACUGGCACUCAGACAAGCUGCUACGCACCAUUCUUGGAGACUGCCAAAACAUCGCUGAAGCAAUUGAAGGAUAUAUACCCACCCUUCAUUACAGAAAAGCAAAAUCCUUGAGAGUUGAUGACCUUCUACAAAUUGAUUUUGAACCGCUUGCGAGCGUGUAG